CCCGUUUUGUUGCAAGUAGCCAGCUGCAGUUACAACAUAGCCUGCACGAGCAAGGGGAGAGCUAAUCCUAUGGCGAAAUCAGAAAACUGUUAGCAUCAUCACCCUUCUCAGAAUUACUCAGAUCACACACAAUUGAGUGUUGAUGGUGGCCUUGAACUGUUGCAGCAAAAUGUCAGGAUUACGCGUCGCCGUUAUUGGGGCAGGUGGUGCCGGAUUAUGCGCUGCCCGGCACCUUCUGUCCCGUCCAAAGAUUUUUGCACCGCCGGUAGUGUAUGAGCAGACCAAACAUGUUGGGGGAACGUGGGUGUACGAGGAACGGGUGGGCAGCUAUACUACUGGCGUGCCAAUCCACAGCAGUAUGUACCGUGAUCUCAGAACAAAUAUCCCAAAAGAGGUGAUGUCGUUUCCUGAUUUCCCCUUCGAAAAGCACCUCUCCUCGUUUGUCCAUCACACAGAGGUCCGAAGGUAUUUGGAGAAAUACUGUGAUCACUUUAAAAUCAGGAAUCAUAUAAAGUUUGAGACAACAGUGGAUGCUGUCAAACCAGUGAAGGUAGAAAAUGGAUGGCAUGGCCUAGCUUGGGAUGUCACCACCAGCAAUGGCAUUGAUCCCAGCACUGCAGUCGAGAGAGGCUUUGAUGCUGUCAUAGUGUGUAAUGGGCACUUCUUUGACCCUUAUUUUCCAUCCAUCCCUGGUCUGGACAAAUUUACAGGAACUGUGAUGCACAGCCAUACCUAUCGCAGCGCUGAGCCUUUUGCUGGGAAGUCAGUGGUGCUGCUGGGAGCUGGCCUUUCUGGACUGGACAUCGCCAUGGAGCUGUCCAGCGUCAACGCAGAGGUGGUGUUAAGUCACGGCCAGAAGCCCCUGAAAGGCCCCCUUCCUCCUGGUGUGCGGCAGUCGCCUCCCGUGUCUAAAGUCCUCGAUGACGGCACCCUGGAGUUUGGGGACGGGAAGCAAGCCCGACCUGAUGUGUUUCUGUUCUGCACUGGGUACAACUUCACCUUUCCAUUCCUGGAUCCGCAAGUAGGCGUGAAGGUGAAGGAGCACCUGGUCAGCCCACUCUAUAAGUUCCUGAUGCCCCCAGCGUAUCCAUCGCUGUUCAUCGUGGGCAUCUGCAGAGCCAUCUGCCCCUUCCCACAUUUCCACAUCCAGACACAGUUCAUCAUGUCUGUGCUGGAUGGUUCUUUCACACUCCCCUCACAAGAGGAGAUGGAGAAGGACAUGGAGCUCGAUGAAGCCGCUCGCCGCGCCAGGGGCAUUGCCACGCGUCAUAUCUUGAAGCUUGACUCAGAGCAGUGGGCCUACAACGACGAGCUGGCUGGUCUCGGUGGGUUUGAGCCACUUCCUCCGUACUGGAGCAACCUGUACGAGUCCAACAGGGUGUUCCGCUCCAAGGACAUGCUCAACUACAAGACCUACAACUACAGAGUGCUCAAUGAGAAGGAGUGGACAGUGCAAGGCCCACAGGGACAGUCUCUUCCCAAACCACUAGCAUAAAUGCUAGUUUGGCUCUUUAAAGGUAAACUAUGCAACGUUUUUCAGUUAAUCAAUUUGUUCCAUACUGUUAUAUAUGAUUAAAUGAGUCAUUACCAGUCGAACUAUGUUUUUUUUCGGCCACCCUAGUGGUCUGUAGCGGUAGAACCACGCUUGCAAUUUCAGGAGCCAUCGGGCAUGCACCCAUGCUCUACUCCAGGAAGUGUCAUGUAAAGUCUCAUGAAAAGGCACGGCAGACUGACCGAUUGAGGAGUUUUGUAAAAUAUACACGCUAAAGCUGUAGGGGAAGCUCCGCAGAGUUUUCCUUUAAGUAAACUGGUCAGGCAACUAAUUUUGGGAUCAUCUUCAAAUUAAUUUUGUAGCCUAUUAAUUAUUAACCUUUGCUGUAAAUAAAUCUACACAUUUAUUCCGACUGCAAUUUUUGAUGUUUGCUACUAUCAUUUACCACAGAGACUUUCGAAACUAUAGCAUCAUCCCCUCUCUUUGCUGAUUGCCCUUACCUUUCUGGGGUCUGUUGGAAAUGUUUGUGAAUUGUGGUGUUCCCAAGUCACGAGUUCUAUAAACAGUUAUCAGUUGACUGAGCUCUGUGGGUUUCUAACAUGUUCUCAUAAUGAGGCAACCCUUUGCUGCCCAGUGCUCAGGCAGAAGGAAUGGAUUGCACAAUGCUCACAGCUGGGGCUGCCUCUUCCCAAAACAUGGCCGCCCCACCUUUUCCUAUGAACUAAACAAAGGCAUCUCAAUAGAGUGAGGU